AUGGCCUGCGACCUCGCAUACAACUCUGACCACCAGGUUCUGAUCUGCACACAGUGCCAGACGUGCAUCGCUCCAGGGGCCCGAAGUAUCGCGCAACACCUCCGAGCCGAACCCCACCGCCUGUCAGGUGAUCUUUUGAAAGCUCAACUGAGCUACGCUCAAUCGUUAAGUCUGAAGACGAAGCGUCAAUUGCGAGAAGACAAACCUGCGCGUAGGGCUGCGCAGUUAGAGCAUCUCAGAGUCUUCCACGGCUUUCAGUGUUUAUCAUGCGAUCCAUCCUUUUUAACCACUCACCUCCCACGAAUGCGGGAUCACAUGGUGACUCAUGGCCGGAAAGCGAGCGAGCACAAAGCGACCCCGCUAUGGCAGGCAUGCUUACUCCAAACGUACUUUACUGCACCGAGGUAUGUUGAUUACUUUGUGGUUGUUGCAAAUCCUGGGCCCCAUGGUGGAAAUGGCGAUGUGAUCCCUUUAACCCGGUCGGAGAAGGAUUCCAUUGAUCAGAUUGAGCAAGAUGCGUUGAAUGUCAAAAAGGAUCUCUUCAAGGCAGCUGGCGUCGUUCGGGACAUUAAGGAAUCUCGCUCCGAGAGGGUACCGUGGUUGCACGACGUCACCAAGUUCCCUUUUCACUUAGUUCAUUUAAAAGACGAGGAGAUUUGGGCUUCGUAUAAGCUCCCAUCGAAGAAGGAAUUGGAUGGAGAUUACCUUGAAGCGGAUGAUCCUCAACUUGUUCGCAUCCUCCAUGCCGCCGAAGCUAUGAUGCGAGAUGCCUAUCAAUUGUGCUCUGAUACAUCCCCCGAUCGUAAGAUGACUCAGCAGCGAGCUAACAUCCUCAAUGAAUUUUAUUCCGGAGCGAGUGGCAAGGCGGAUGGGUUCCGAUAUCACAAGAAUGCUUCGACGUUGGUCAAAUACUUCCUGAUCGGGAAACAACUCUUGGUAUAUUAUUAUCGAGUGGUGUAUUCGGAGGAUGGCUUUUUCACCGCCACGGAAUCGGAUCAAUCAUUACCACGUGAUAUUAUCGAACCGACCUCAACCCAAAUUCGUGCGAUGGAUGCUAUCAUGGAAGCCUUGAAUAUGGAAGAUCCCGAAGAAUCUGAAUUAGCUUUGAAGCAUGCUAUUCGACGAUUAUAUCUAGCCUUGAUUUGUCACUCGAUUGGAAGUGCACCGUUUAAAUCACCGGUCUUGAGUUUUUGUGCUAUGAAGAGUCGCAUGAUUUAUGGGCGGGGAUUGUGGGAAGAGCCAGGAAAUUUUAAUAGUUACCUGUCGGCUCUCACGUGGACGGCGCAACUGAUCCUCUUUGGUUUUGUCUGUUUUCAAGAGCAAGAGGACGAAGAUCAAAUUCCCAUUCUCCUCACCACGCUCUGCAAGAAGUUCUUUCAACAAUUAGCCGAGACCCCCUUCGGUUACAUUCUUCAGUGGCGUUUAUAUUUAUUCAAGGUGAGUAAGGCUUCCAUUGCUAAACACCAAGCUCGAUGGUCUUUGGAUCGACAGAUUGUGGGGUAUCGCGGGGUAGAAAUAUCCAUGGAACAGAUUUCGAACGUGGUGCUUUCGGAAUUUCAACAAGCUCACUCUCUCCUGUACGAUGAAUUGUUAUUUGGCAUGCAAGAUUUAAUUUCGAUGGUUUCGUGGCGGAUGAAGGAUGAUCUGGAUUCCGAGGAUUUUGGGGAUUCUUGGCUCUCCCACUCACACAAUUCGGAAUUUUUAGAAGGGGCAGAUCUGAGGCUUUUUCGAUACAUCAAGACGAACACUAAAUUGCACACCACUUUCUUCAAGGUUGAUCAAGAGGGAGGGUUAAUCUUGUGUUCGAAAGCUAUGAAGAUAUAUGAAGUGCAAGCUCAGGAAUUCUUAAAGCGACUCUUGAUCCUCUGUCACAUUGCUCCUGGUCCACCUCUGCGAGAGCCCGAAUUGCUUUCUAUCACGUGGCGGAAUAUGGAACGACAGCGACAUAUUUAUAUUUGGGAAAAGUUGGUGAUGAUCUAUACCCAAUAUCACAAAGGACAACAACAAUCUGGUGCAUACAAGAAUAAUAUUCGAUUUCUCCCGAAAGCUAUUGGGAAUUUAUUACUUACUUAUAUUGCAUAUGUUAUUCCCCUUCGACAAAUCUUUCUUCGACAAGAAAAUCCGACCGCUUUGAUAUCCCCGUACCUCUGGUCCAAUCUUCAAGGGACUGUGUGGGUAGAUGGAGUUAUUUCGACUUGCUUACGGAAAGCAUGUAAACGUGCUCAGGUUUCGAUACUACACACUUCCAAUUGGCGACAAUUUGCUGCUUCCAUCACGAAAGAGAAGUUUACUACGAGAGAACAAGCCAACUUUGAUCUGGACCAUACUCCUGGUGAAUUUGUUGAAGAUGAAUCCGAUUUGAGGGCGUUGGCCGAAUUUAGCAAUCACAGCUUUCAAACCUUCAAUGUAGCUUACGCUGGAACGACCAAUCUCACCAUGAAUACUAUGUUGCAUCGAGGCUUUCGGGCUUCGGCUAGUUGGCAUUCCUUCUUUCGAUUCGAUUUCGUUCUGCAAGGGAAGCGAGCCUCGAGUCCAUCGGAUGCUCUAGUGUUGCGAGCCGCGAAACGAAGUCGAUUUCGUCAGAGGCAAGGGUACUCGGAAGAGGAUUUACUUCAAGUGGCUCAAAGAUUAUUCCCUUCUGUCACUUUUCAAUUUCGUCAACCUGGUCAACGUCGUGGGGUGUUGACUACUUUUGGAACUACCUUUCACGAACAAGUCAUCUUGAUCUUGGGAACCGGCUCCGGCAAGACCUUAAUUCCUAUGCUCAGCGCUAGCCUUGCGGACGCUAGCACCACCAUCAUGAUCAUUCCUAUGGUGGCCUUGCGGAUUGACAUGAUCAAACGUUUUAAUGCAGUUGGGAUUCCCUCGGUCGUGUGGUCGGUGGAGUGUCGGGAAACCCCUCCAUUGGUGAUCGUAUCGGCUGAAGCGGUUUGCAACGAUAGCUUUUUGGAAUACGCUCAAGGGCUAGUCUUUCGACAGAAAUUGGAUCGCAUCAUCAUGGAUGAGUGUCACCUUACCAUUACUACGAGUGAGUAUCGCUCUUGCAUGACGCAAGUUGGGUGGUUCAUUCGACAAAUUCGUACUCAAUCCAUUUGGCUAUCUGCCACCUUGCCUCCGGUGAUGGAAGAAUUAUUCAUCGAACAGAACAAAUUGGUUUGCCCUCAAAUCAUUCGAGAGUCGACCAAUCGAUCUAACCUUCAAUAUCUUGUUAGUUAUGGAGAUGGAGUUGAUUCUUUGAUGGAGAAAGCGAGAGAGUUAAUUGAAGUGUGUUGGCCCGAUCCUAAUAUCUUUGAUCAAAGUUGUGAUAAGAUUAUUAUCUACUGUCGCACUCGUGAUGUUGCUGGCGCGGUAGCAGAAUUGAUGAAUUGUCCUCUGUACACAUCAGAAUCCGGGACGGUUCGCGAGAAGGGGGAGAUCAUUCAACGGUGGCUCUCCAAUCCUCAGCAACCCGUGAUCGCUGCUACGUCCGCUCUCGGGAUUGGAUUUGAUUACCCUCACAUUCGAUGGGUCAUUCACCUCGAUGCUCCAGAGCGGGUGACGGCUUUCUCUCAAGAAUCCGGUCGGGCGGGACGCGAUGGGAGGAAAGCUUCCUCCAUCAUCUUGUUAAAUUCGACUUGGAGACCUCAACGUGAUACCUUUCUUCCACCCGAUCAAGCUACCAUGCAACUCUACCUCACUCAACAAUAUUGCUCACGUGGCGUCCUCAGUCAAUUCCUCGAUCGGCCUUCGGAUUGGCGUUGGUGCAUGUCAAGUGAUGAGGUCUGUCAAGUGUGUAGGGAACCUCAUGAGGAACCUCGCCCCCCUCAUUUGAUAUACACUUUAAAUCCAUCUACUAUAGAAAUUGAAUCCACUGGCCCUCGAGAGAUUCACACUCAAGAUUUUCGACAGGAUCAAAUCCUCGAUCGAUACGAGCAGGAUCUCCUAACCUUUCAGGAUUCUUGUCUCUACUGUCGAAUUCACCAUCGUCGCUUCGAUCACCUCUCUUCACAAUGCUCUCGAAGAUUUGAUUGGAUUAAUGCUAAGGGGGAAGCUCUACAAGCGUGCCAAUUUGACGAGAGAGAUUGGAUGCCACGAUACAUCGUGUGUUGGAAUUGUUAUCAACCACAAGAUAUCUGUCGAGUGGCCGAUCCUGAUCACGAAGAGAGCGAGUGUCGAUUUCCGAACAUGGUGAUUCCCAUUUGCGUGGCGGCAUAUAAGAGGGUGGGGGGGGUGGCAUGGCUCGAGAGGCAUUUUGAACGAACGUGGGAAGAUCUUCUUGCGUAUAUGAUUUGGCUUGGGGAGAGGACUGAUUUGGAGGGGAAUGAAUGGGUUUACGGGAAUAAGGUUGCAGCUCUUAUAUUAAGGGAAUUAGAAUAG